GGCUAGGAGCCCGCCUGUGCCGCCAUCUUGCCUGAAAACUUUUGGGCUCCCGGCGCCGCCCGCCCGCCCGCCCGGAGGGAGCCAGGAGGGUCGCCGACGGGGGAGGAGGGGAGGCAGCGGGGCCGGAGCGGCCGGAGCUCGCCAUGCCCGUCAAGAGGCAAGACACGCAGCGCGCCCUGCGGCUCCUGGAGGACUACCGCGCCAAGCUGAGCCCUCGGGAGGACCGGCAGCUGCGCAGCUCGGUGGAGCGGGUGAUCGGCAUCUUCCGGAGCAGCCUCUUCCAGGCCCUGCUCGAUAUCCAGGAGUUCUACGAGGUGACUCUACUUGAGAACCCCCGAAGUGCCGAUCGGCCGAAGCCGACUCAAGCCGUCCAGCCCGGGGACACCUGGGACUUCCACAGUCCGCCAAGCGCCGGUCUGACUUCGGAGACCUUGCCCAGCAGCCAGACUGCCGACACCCAGAAAUUUGGCUCCCAAGAUGAGGACUCUUUUCCCUCGGAGCCCGGCGGCUUUCCUCAGGCUCCAGGCACAGGGAUGCCGGCUCCAGAGCUGGUGCAUGUGUCCGAGAAGAACCUCUCGCAGCUGGAAAGCGUCCGGGGCUUCGUUGGCCACUCGCACAUUUCGCCAGCCAAGGUAAAUCCCCCUCCAGUCGUGGUAAACACAGAAACGCCGGAGGCUCCAACUUACGUGAACGGCACCGACGCGGAGUAUGAAUAUGAAGAAAUCACGCUGGAAAGGGGCAAUUCUGGGCUGGGCUUUAGCAUCGCAGGAGGCACAGACAACCCUCAUGUGGAGGACGACUCCGGUGUGUUCAUUACGAAGAUCAUCCCAGGAGGGGCGGCUGCCCAAGACGGGAGGCUGCGGGUGAAUGACUGCAUUUUGUGUGUGAACGAGGUGGACGUCCGCGAUGUGACCCAUGGCAAAGCUGUGGAAGCCUUGAAGGAGGCGGGCUCCAUGGUCCGUCUGUCCGUCAAGAGGAGGAGGCAAACCACGGAGAGGGUGGUGGACAUAAAGCUGGUGAAAGGGCCCAAAGCAGGUCUCGGGUUCAGCAUCGCUGGGGGGGUCGGCAACCAGCACAUCCCUGGAGACAACAGCAUCUACGUCACCAAAAUUAUCGAAGGCGGAGCUGCACAUAAGGACGGACGGCUCCAGAUCGGAGACAAGCUGAUGGCCGUGAACAACGUUUGCUUAGAGGAAGUCACCCAUGAAGAAGCAGUGGCUGCUUUAAAGAACACGUCUGACUUUGUCUAUCUGAAACUGGCAAAGCCCAGCACCAUGUUCAUCAAUGAUGCUUAUGUCCCUCCUGAGAUCACUGGCUCUUACUCUCAGCCUGCAGAGAAUCACGUCAGCCCGUCAAGUUACCUGGGCCAGCCUUUGCCACCACCAGCCUCCCCAGGGAGAUACUCACCUGUUCCUAAGGCAACGCUGGGAGAAGACAAGAUCACCAGGUGCUUCCCUGGACAAAACAGUGAGGAAUGCGACGGAGCUGCAAGUCUCGGGGAGCCACGGAAGCUGGUGCUGCAUCGGGGCUCCACAGGACUUGGCUUCAACAUCGUGGGGGGAGAGGACGGGGAGGGGAUUUUUGUCUCCUUCAUCCUUGCCGGGGGGCCUGCAGACCUCAGUGGGGAGCUCAGGAAAGGAGACCGCAUCAUUUCGGUAAAUGGCGUGGACCUCAAAGCAGCAACCCACGAAGAGGCAGCCGCUGCCUUGAAAAAUGCCGGUCAGUCCGUCACUAUCGUAGCCCAGUAUCGUCCCGAAGAAUAUGGCCGUUUUGAAGCCAGAAUACAUGACUUGCGAGAGCAGAUGAUGAGCAGCAGCAUGAGCUCGGGAUCUGGCUCUCUGCGGACCAGCCAGAAGCGGUCCCUCUACGUCAGAGCCCUCUUUGACUACGACAAGACGAAAGACAGUGGCCUCCCCAGCCAGGGGCUGAACUUCCGCUUCGGCAACAUCCUCCACGUCAUCAAUGCCUCGGACGAUGAAUGGUGGCAGGCACGGCUGGUGAUGCCGGGCGGGGAGAGUGACCAGGUUGGCGUCAUUCCCAGCAAACGCAGGGUGGAGAAGAAGGAACGAGCUCGGUUAAAGACGGUGAAGUUUAAUUCUAAAGCGAGAGGUGACAAAGGGCAGUCAUUCAAUGACAAGCGUAAAAAGAACCUCUUUUCCCGAAAAUUCCCCUUCUACAAGAACAAGGAGCUGAGUGAGGCCGAGACCAGUGAUGUUGACCAGCACGUGACUUCCAACGCCAGCGACAGUGAAAGUAGUUACCGUGGCCAGGAAGAGUGUGUCUUGUCUUAUGAACCGGUCACCCAGCAAGAAGUCAGCUACACGCGUCCAGUGAUUGUCCUGGGUCCCAUGAAAGACCGCAUCAACGAUGACCUCAUCUCGGAAUUCCCUGACAAGUUCGGCUCUUGCGUCCCACAUACGACCCGACCGAAACGAGAUUACGAGGUGGAUGGGCGAGAUUAUCACUUUGUGAUGUCGCGAGAACAAAUGGAGAAAGACAUCCAGGAUCACCGGUUCAUUGAAGCUGGCCAGUACAACAACCACCUCUAUGGGACAAGCGUCCGGUCCGUGAGGGAGGUUGCCGAGAAGGGCAAGCACUGCAUCCUUGAUGUUUCUGGGAACGCCAUCAAGAGGCUGCAGAGCGCCCAGCUGCACCCGGUCUCCAUCUUCAUCAAGCCCAAGUCCGUGGAGAACAUCAUGGAAAUGAAUAAGCGAUUAACGGACGAGCAAGCUCGAAAAACCUUUGAACGAGCCAUGAAGCUGGAGCAAGAAUUUACAGAACAUUUUACAGCCAUUGUGCAAGGCGACACAUUGGAAGAGAUUUACAAUCACGUCAAGCAAGUCAUUGAGGAGCACUCCAGCCCCGUCAUUUGGGUGCCGGCCAAGGAGAAGCUCUGAGGGUCCCCUGACUCCAGGGCUCGGCCUCUGCCAGCCUGCCUGCCUGCCUGCCUGCCGGCGCUCCCUCCUUGGGGCUCCCCUGGGACUUACAAAGCCCCUCUAUGGUUUCCACGUUUCGCAAGCUGCUGGCCGAGGGCUCUUUGCUCCAGAAUCAGGGGCCUCUUUCCACUCCUGUGGAUAGAGAUGGAGAAUAAUGCGGUUAAAAUUCCUUAAUGUUUAAGGGAAAGUAUCCUUCAGAGACUUUGAGAAAACAAAGCUUUUUAUGCAGCCUUUUAACAAUUUUUUAAUAAGAUGAAAGAAAAGUGGUCUUAAUGUAAAUUGUGAGCAGUUUUGCACGUUUGAAUUUGCUAGCAUGAUUUCCUUCAAGAGAUUUGGGUUCAAAUUAUAGUUUCACAGUUUCUGCCAUAAAUAUUUUUUUCUCAGUU